AUGUUUUUGUUAAAAUUAGUUCUGUUUGGGGCUUUGAUUUUUGGAAAUGAUGCGAGAUAUAGCAAAUGUAACUUAAUACAGAAAAUUUGGCGAUCUGGAAAAGCUUGCACCUACAAUCCUGAUGAAGUUUUGGAUACUGUACAGUUUGCUCGUAAAUACGGCUACCAAAGCGAAUCUCACACCAUCCUAACAGACGACGGCUAUUUCCUAACACUACACAGAAUACCUGGACCAAAGUCCGGCAAACGCGGUGGCCAACCUGUUUUUUUGCAACAUGGCCUUUUGGCGAGCAGUUUUGAUUGGGUGGCCGACAAAAACAUCUCAUUAGGUUUUAUAUUGGCCGACAUGGGUUACGAUGUUUGGCUAGGUAACUCCAGAGGUAAUACCUAUUCAAAAGCGCAUAUAUCCAUACCGGUCGAUUCCAGUAAUUAUUGGAAUUUCAGUUUUCACGAAAUGGGUAUAUACGAUCUACCAGCAGCUUUAAAAUAUGUAGGCGAAGUCACCAAAAUGGAGGGAGAAAUAAUUUAUAUAGGUCAUUCCAUGGGAACUACUCAGUUUUUCGUUUUUUCAUCCUUGUUGCCCGAAAAAGCUAAAACCGUAAAAAUGAUGGUUGGGUUAGCUCCAGUGGCGUACAUGACCCAUAUUAAAUCGCCCAUCAGAUAUUUGUCCCCGUUUGUUAAUAAAGUAGACUGGUUGAGAAAAUUUUUGGGACUGAACCAAUUUUUGCCCAACAAUUUUGUCAUAAAAAUGCUUUCCACAGAAUGCGAAAACUUCAAUUUGGGAAAGAAAAUUUGUGAAAACAUCGUGUUUUUACUAUGUGGUUUUGACAAAAAACAAUUUAACCAAGAUAUCUUAGGGGUUAUUUUGCACCACACCCCUGCAGGGUCAUCAACAAAAACCAUUCUGCAUUAUGCGCACGAAAUCAAAAAUGAUGGUAAAUUUCAACGGUACGAUUACGGUACAAGCGGCAACAUGGCACAUUAUGGUACCCAAAGCCCACCCGAUUAUAACAUCAGCAAUAUACAAACACCAACUUUUUUGAUGUACGGCAAGAACGACUGGCUAGCCAGCCCAACAGAUGUUUUAAAACUUUACUCCGAAUUAAAAAAUCCCAUUGAUGCCUACCAAAUAAAAUUUGAUUCGUUUAAUCAUGUCGACUUUAUUUUUGGAAAAGAUGUUGAUACAUUAGUGGUCAAGCCUUUGUUAAAAGUUCUAUUUAAUUAUACAGCUAAUGCGACUUAA